AUGACAAGAGGUGGAUACCAGAAAAUAACCACUGGUGAAAAUAUGCAAAAAGAUGGUUUUAUAUCUCUUCUUUUCUUUCAAUGGAUGGACGCCAUCUUCAAGACAGGUAGUGGAGGAAUUAUAGAGAAUAGCGACUUUCCACCACUCUCAAGACAAAAUUCCACUGAAACUUACACGAAACGCCUCCAAACACGAUGGGAGAAAGAGAAAGUUAAGAGCAAAGGAAACAGGAAGAGACCAAAACUUUGGAAGAGUGUCGUUGCAAUGAUAUCUUUCAACGAAGCGUUGAUCAUGGCAAUUACUGGAGCUAUAUACGGACUUUGGCGCCUCCUCAAGCCUUUACUUCUAGGUUACUUGCUUUCUUCUCUAAUGGAACCUAAUCCACGUAACAAUUUCCUUUCGCAUGGUUGUGUAAUAGCUAUGGGACUAGGUGCCUUGAUUGGAACAAUUUCCAUGCGACACUCUUCCUAUUUUUCAGACGUACUUGGUAUCGGAGUGAGUAGUGCUCUGAAAGGUCUUAUUUACCGGAAGAUUCUACAACUCAAAAGGGCUGAACUACUCAAAUUUACAUCAGGACGCGUGGUUGACCUCUUAUCAAACGAUGUCCAGCGACUGGAAGGACAAACUUUAACGAUAAUUUUCAAUAGCAUUUUGGAUCUCACCUUGGUCAUACCCGGAACUAUAGUAUUACUUUUGUAUUUUAUUGGUUGGCAAGCUCUCGUGGGAGUCAUAUGCCUUUUUUUACUGGUACCAUAUUUCGCAGCGUUAUCCUCUCUCAGUGCUACACUACGCCGCCGCACAGCAGCACUUUCAGAUAGGCGCUUCUCUUUGUUGAACCAAGUCAUUUCUGGGAUUCGCACUAUCAAAACACAUGCAUGGGAGGAUGAAUUCAGAGAAAAGAUCAAACGGAUACGAAGCAAUGAAAUGAAGAUUAUCCGUUGGAAAAGUAGUGUUCUCUCAGCUCUUGCUGCCCUGGAAUACACUUCAGUGCCAUUGGCGAAGCUGGUAUCAAUCAUGACUCUAGUGCUUACUGGACAACCCCUCACACCUGUUAAUGUGUUUAUGCUUCUCUCUUUUGUCAAUGUAGCGAGAAUAAGCUUUUGUAUGUACCUCCUCUAUGGUACCUUGGAAGCAUACGACGCUUUUGUUUCACUUCAGAGAAUUGAGCAUUUCCUUCUUCUAAAAGAUUUACCCGUGAACUAUCAUGAUCACUCUAGCCAAGGCUCUAAUGAGGGGAGAGGGAGUGUAUCUGAAUUGAAGAGAAACUUGUCGGAUCAACACAACAAAACUGAAGAAAAUCCCGGUAUUCGUGUUGAUGAACAACACAAUAUGGCCAAGCCAGCGACUCUGGUGGUGUCAAUUUUAACGUCAAAAGAAAAGCUCGGUGAUGACGCGUUCAUUUUGCAAGAUGUCCAGUUUUCUACGGCGUCCCAAAACUUAACAAUCAUCACGGGUCCAGUGGGUAGUGGAAAAUCUACUCUUCUCUCAGUUAUCGCAGGUGAGGAGGUGUCAGUCGCAGAAGGAACAAUAACCUGGCCAUCUUCCCUUGUUUAUGUGCCCCAGACACCAUGGGUGUUCUCCGGAACAAUAAGACAAAACAUUUUAUUUGGUCAACCUUACAACGAAAUCAGGUACUUCCAAGUAGCUGAGGCAUGCGCCCUAACGGAAGACCUUCAGAAGUUUCCAAAAGGUGACGAAACGGUUGUAGGUGAAAGAGGUGCUGUUCUGAGCGGAGGUCAGCGUGCACGAGUGAGUUUAGCACGUGCGGUAUACUCGGACGCAGACCUGUACCUGUUGGAUGACCCUUUGAGUGCCGUAGAUACAAGAGUUAGCAAACAUAUCUUUGAAAAAUGUAUUAAAGGCAUAUUGUGCAACAAAACCCGGCUGUUGACGUCCCACCAAGAAGAAUACAUGAAAGAAGCUGAUGAAGUUAUUGUGUUAUAUAAAGGACGUUUGUUGGCCAAAGGUAAUUUCCCUGAGCUUGAAGAAAAGGCUGUUUUUGAUUCUGCACUUGAUACACUUUGCAAAAAGCCUUUUAAGGGCAGGGAACCCAAUGCGAGGUCGGUUUCAGAAAAGGAAGAUAACCCACAAGUUAAGGGAAGAGUGAUUCCUGCACUACCUCAGAACAAGGAUAUACAAAUGUCAGACGAAGACCGCAUAGUCGGAGGAGUGACUUUUAAGCUCUACUGGGACUACUUCAGAAGCGGAUUAAGCUCCAUGACGAUCAUCGGAGUUAUCUUCUUAUGUUUCAUCACUCAAGGGAUGAUAGUUUCUCCUGACUUUUGGCUUUCGUCUCUGACUAAGAAGAGUCAAGAAAACCAGAAAGACAAAACAAACCUGAUCAUAUUUGGUUGUCUAGUACUUGGAUCCUUCAUAUUUGCCGCUGCCAGGGCAUUUUGCUUUCUUCAGGCCUCUGCGAGAUGUUCCAAACGUCUUCACGAUAAAAUGGCGGAGGCAAUUCUAGAGGCUCCUGUUUUGUUUUUUGAUUCAAACCCUGUUGGCAGAAUUCUUAAUCGAUUCUCUAAAGAUACAGGCUGCAUGGACGAGGUGUUACCCAAGGCGUUUCUGUUUGCUAUCCAGCUAGUCUUAGCAAUGCUGGCCUCGAUUCUCGUUCCAACCGUUGCUAAUCCAUGGCUUCUGUUUGUGACUGUUCCAAUGGCCAUAGCAGUUGUGUACAUCUCUCGGUACUAUCUGAAAACGUCUAGACAGUUGAAACGAAUAGAGUCUAUAAACCGAAGUCCUGUGUUUUCACACAUUUCGGAUACCAUAGAUGGGCUUGAGACUAUUCGAACAAGAGCAAGACAAAGAGAUUUUGAGGAACAGUUUUACAGAUAUCAGGAUGUCCACACUCAGUCGUAUAUCAUGGUGCUUGCCUGCGAGAGAUGGCUUGGGGUGCGUAUGUCUUUCCUUAUCUCCAUCUUGACGUGUGCAGUGGCUCUUGGGGCAAUCUUUGUCUCUCAAGAUGCUGCGUUUGCUGGAAUUGGACUUGUUUACGUCCUCGAAAGUGUGGAACUGAUGGAUUAUACUGUCAGAAAAGCUGCCGAAGUUGAGAAUUUUAUGACUUCAGUUGAACGGGUUAUGACAUACACAAAACUUGACCAUGAGCCUGGCUAUAAAGUGAGCGAACUUCCCCCGGAACAGUGGCCAUUUAAGGGGGAUAUCACGUUUCAAGACUUGUCAAUGACCUACUACCCGGGAGGGCCUCAAGUAUUAAGGAAGCUUAAUCUUCACAUAAAGGGAGGAACAAACGUUGGUGUCACAGGGCGAACGGGAGCCGGCAAGUCAUCCCUAGUGGCAGCCCUUCUGCGCAUGCCAGAUGCCGAAGGUGCCAUAAUGAUCGAUGACAUCUCAAUAAAUGACAUUAACCUACAAGUGGCUCGACGAUGUAUAUCCGUUCUUAGCCAAAGUCCCGUCCUUUUCAGUGGAUCGUUGAGAGAAAAUCUUGAUCUUGUAGGGCAGUUCCAAGAUGUAGAGUUAUGGGGAACCUUAGAGAUCGUUCAACUGAAAAAGCUGGUGGAAAGUUUGGAUGGAAAACUAGAUCACCAGUUGUUGGAACAUGGUGCAAACCUAAGUGUAGGAGAACGGCAGUUGAUUUGUUUGGCUCGUGUCCUUUUGCAUCAGAGAAACAUUGUGAUCCUGGAUGAGCCCACUGCACACGUGGAUCCAGAAACAGAACAAACAAUUUGGAGGGUAGUGCGAGAGAAACUGAAGCACUGCACAGUAAUCACCAUAGCUCAUCGACUGAACACUAUCAAAGACUGUGACAUGAUUUUAGUCAUGACAAAUGGCGAGAUCCACGAGUUUGAUAGUUUUGACUCAAUGAUUAACAUAACUUAACUGUUUUUUUCAUCAUGGAAAAAAGUUUACAUUAGAGUACUUUUAA